AUGUUUCGCGUCGAGCUCCUCCAAGACACAUCAACGGCUACACCAGGCUGGUCCUACGCCCCAACCCGAGGCUUCGACCCGACCCAAGCAAUGGCCCCAACCCUAGGCCGGAAACGCGGCAUCCGCGACGCGGGCAAGGGCGGCGACAUCAGCUCAAGGCAAGCGAACGCAAUAGCCCGCCACAUCGCCGAACUAGAUCGCGAAAACCAACGCGAUGUCGCAAUCCCAGUGCCAGUCCGACAAGCACGCGAAGUCGCCGCGCGCGGCAACCGAUCAAAAACAACCUCCAACGUCCGCCGCAUCCUCCAAUCCCAAAAGACCUUCCGCAACCACCUAGACGACGAAGAAGCAGCCAUAGCUUUGGGAACAGGAGGCGGCGCCCUCGCGCACAGCUCCAACGCCGCCGCAGUCGCUGCUCGGGGCGCCAAAGCGCGCAGCUCCACCCCUGCUAGUGUAGCAGGCAAGAAACGGCCUUCUGCGGCUGUUACGAGUACAUCUACUGCCACAACAACUGCUGCAUCAACUCCUACACCAACGACAGCAGAGAUGGGUGCGGACGAGGUGCCCGCGCGCAAGCCGAAGCUCAUUAAAUCGGAAUUCGAUCAGGAUCCCCUGCUACGCUCGUACGCACCGCCUGUGCCUUCCGAACGGCUUAUGGCGCGGUUGUUAUCUGAACCGCCGCUUUCUUAUAAUGCUUCCCGGGCAAAGGCGCCCUCUUCUGCGAGGCCGGCUCGGCAUUUUUGUUGUUUGUGUGGGUAUUGGGGGAAGAUUCGGUGUAAGAGUUGUCAUCUGAGGACUUGUAGCUUGGAUUGUUAUAAGGUGCAUGAGGAUUCGAGGUGUGGUGCUUUCUUCUGA